CCAAACCAAACCAAACCCUCGCCGCGCCGCCGCCUUCCCCCUCGAGGUUUCGACGACUCACGCUCCUGCUCGGUGCUGCUCCUAGCGUACCACGAAGGGGGUAAGAGCUUCCUUCCAGCCUCGUGCAAGAUCGACCACCCAGUUAGAGGAUGAGCCGCAGCCUCGGGAUCCCGGUCAAGCUGCUGCACGAGGCGGCGGGCCAUGUCGUCACGGUCGAGCUCAAGACCGGCGAGGUCUACCGCGGCUCCAUGGUCGAGUGCGAGGACAACUGGAACUGCCAGCUCGAAAACAUCACCUUCACGGCAAAGGACGGCAAGGUGUCGCAGCUGGAGCACGUCUUCAUCAGGGGGAGCAGGGUCAGGUUCAUGAUCAUACCCGACAUGCUCAAGAACGCCCCAAUGUUCAAGCGCCUCGAGGCCAGGAUUAGGGGUAAAGGCUCAGCUGUUGGUGUUGGCCGAGGCCGCGCAGUCGCCAUGCGUGCUAGGGCUGCUGCUGGUCGUGGCGGUGGUCCUGUUGGGCGAGGUGGUGCACCCCCUGUGAGGAGGUAGAUUUGUCUAAAGGAUUGCGCACGCUUUUAUCUGGCAAAUCAAGCUUUUGCCCAAGUUGCAAAAACUUUGCUUGGGCAGCCAUGCUUGCAAGGUAGCUUAUCUGCAGCAGUUUGUGUUUACAGAAUGGAUGCAGGAUUUCUGUAACUUUGCCCUGCAGUGUAUUGCUCGAGUGUGGUGUGAGCUUUAAGCGCGAGAAGACUAAAUAGUUUUGACAACGCUAUAUCGCUAUUGAGGGUUUGAUUUGGAUAUGUAGAUUAGUGA